AUGUCCGAGGACCUAGAGUCCAUAUCAGAGGAAGAACGCAGCUUGUUCCGUCCGUUCACCCGCGAAUCGCUGGCCGCCAUCGAGGCGCGUAUCGCCGAGGAAUAUGCCAAGCAGAAGGAGCUCGAAAAGAAGAGAGCUGAGGGAGAACAGGGGGAUUUUGGACGGAGGAAAAAGAAAAAAGAAGUUCGGUAUGAGGACGAGGACGAAGAUGAAGGGCCACAGCCAGAUCCAACACUGGAGCAGGGUGCACCGCUGCCCGUUCGGCUCCAGGGAGGUUUCCCAGCAGAACUUGCCUCCACCCCUCUUGAGGAUAUUGAUAGUUUCUACCAUAACCAGCGGACAUUCGUAGUGGUUAGUAAAGGAAAGGAUAUUUUCCGAUUCAGUGCAACAGAUGCCUUGUGGAUUCUGGAUCCUUUCAAUCCUAUUCGAAGAGUUGCUAUAUAUAUUUUGGUUCAUCCCUUAUUUUCACUUUUUAUCAUCACAACAAUUUUAACGAACUGCAUCUUCAUGAUCAUGCCUACUACACCAGUAAUAGAAUCAACAGAAGUAAUUUUUACUGGCAUCUACACAUUUGAAUCAGCCGUAAAGGUGAUGGCAAGAGGGUUCAUACUUCAGCCAUUUACGUACCUUAGAGAUGCAUGGAACUGGCUGGACUUCGUAGUAAUAGCUUUAGCUUAUGUUACCAUGGGGAUAGAUCUAGGAAACCUGGCUGCCUUGAGAACUUUCAGGGUCCUUCGAGCUUUGAAGACUGUAGCUAUUGUCCCAGGUUUGAAGACCAUUGUCGGUGCUGUGAUUGAAUCUGUGAAGAAUCUGCGGGAUGUGAUCAUAUUGACCAUGUUCUCUUUAUCUGUGUUUGCCUUAAUGGGCCUCCAGAUUUACAUGGGUGUCCUCACACAAAAAUGUAUAAAAAACUUUCCCAUGGAUGGGUCAUGGGGAAAUCUUACGGAUGAAAACUGGGAGAGAUUUGUGAGCAACGAAACAAACUGGGUGAAGGAAGGGUAUGAAUUUCGUCUUUGUGGAAACUCAUCAGGAGCAGGGCAGUGUGAAGAAGGAUACACGUGCCUUCAAGGAUAUGGCCCAAAUCCAAAUUAUGGCUACACUAGUUUUGAUACUUUUGGUUGGGCAUUGUUAUCUGCCUUUAGGCUCAUGACUCAAGACUUUUGGGAAAAUCUCUAUCAGUUGAUUCUCCGAUCGGCAGGUCCAUGGCAUAUGUUGUUUUUUAUUGUUAUUAUUUUUUUGGGUUCGUUUUAUCUUGUCAACUUAAUUUUGGCCAUUGUUGCUAUGUCAUAUGAUGAGUUACAAAAGAAGGCAGAAGAGGAAGAAGCAGCAGAGGAAGAAGCUAUCAGGGAAGCAGAAGAGGCAGCCCAAGCAAGAGAAAAUAGGCAGGCAGCACGGGAAGCAGCAAGAGUAUCAGCAGCAGCAGCUCAAGCUGCAGCCAAUGUCGUCAAGUCACCAUCUGAUUUUUCAUGUCACAGCUAUGAGCUCUUUGUAGGUCAAGAGAAAGGCAAUGAUGAUAACAACAAGGAAAAAAUGAGCAUUCGUAGUGAAGGUGGAGAUUCACUUAGUGAACAUCGGGGUCGUACAAUAGGGCCUAAUGGCAAGGUGCGGAAGGUGAGCGCGGCCAGCCUGAGUCUUCCGGGCUCUCCAUUCAACCUGAGGCGAGGUUCACGGGGCAGCCACCAGUUCACGCUGAGAAACGGCCGUGGUCGCUUUGUGGGACCCCCAGGAGGGGACCGCAAGCCUCUCGUGCUCUCCACCUACUUAGAUGCCCAAGAGCUGCAGUGGGGAGACCACAUCGAAGAUGUCAUAGGACGAGCAUACAGAGCACUGCAUAAGGAACACUUGCCAUAUGCGGAUGACUCAAAUGCAGUAACACCAAUGUCGGAAGAAAAUGGUGCUAUAGUAGUUCCUGUCUACUAUGCCAGCAUUGGUUCACGAAAUUCAUCGUAUACCUCACAUGCAUCACGAGUUUCGUAUACAUCUCAUGGUGACCUACUUGGUGGGGUUCCUGUCACAAAGGAGAGCCGACUUCGUGGAAGAAGUCGUAACAAUCCUGCUCCCCCAAACACUGUGCCCUACAUGUCUGCUGCCAUGAACCACAAGCACCCUUUUGAUGCUUCUUUAGACAGUGAAGAUGGACCAGCCAAAAUGAAACAUCAAGACAAUCCAUUUAUAGAGCCUACACAACAACAAACUGUUGUUGAUAUGAAAGAUGUGAUGGUGUUGAACGACAUCAUAGAACAAGCAGCAGGCCGGCAAAGCAGGGCAAGUGAACAUGGAGCAGCUGAUGAUGAUGAUGAUGAAGGUCCUACAGUGAAAGAAAAAAUUCUUGCGUUCUGUAUUCGUUGCAUUGAUAUCUUCUGUGUAUGGGACUGCUGUUGGUUGUGGUUAAAAUUCCAAGAAUAUGUUGCACUCAUAGUGUUUGAUCCUUUUGUUGAACUCUUCAUUACAUUGUGCAUCGUUGUCAACACACUUUUCAUGGCUCUUGAUCAUCAUGACAUGAACAAGGACAUGGAAAAAGCAUUGAAAAGUGGAAAUUAUUUCUUCACAGCAACUUUUGCAAUUGAAGCAACUUUAAAACUAAUCGCCAUGAGUCCAAAAUAUUAUUUUCAAGAAGGCUGGAAUAUUUUCGAUUUUAUUAUUGUGGCUCUGUCUUUAUUGGAACUGGGACUUGAAGGAGUUCAAGGCCUGUCAGUGCUCAGGUCAUUUCGACUGCUCAGAGUUUUCAAGCUUGCAAAAUCAUGGCCAACUCUGAAUUUGCUAAUUUCUAUAAUGGGUAGAACUGUUGGUGCCUUAGGAAAUUUGACCUUUGUGUUAUGUAUAAUUAUAUUCAUAUUUGCUGUUAUGGGUAUGCAGUUAUUUGGUAAGAACUAUACAGAUUAUGUGGAAAGAUUUCCAGACCAGGAUUUACCCAGAUGGAACUUCACAGACUUCAUGCAUUCCUUCAUGAUUGUAUUUCGUGUACUGUGUGGAGAAUGGAUAGAAUCCAUGUGGGAUUGUAUGCUUGUUGGAGACUGGUCAUGUAUACCCUUCUUUUUGGCCACAGUUGUAAUUGGAAACUUAGUUGUCCUUAAUCUUUUCUUGGCGCUGCUACUCAGUAACUUUGGUUCAUCAAACUUGUCAGCUCCAACAGCUGACAAUGACACCAACAAGAUUGCAGAGGCAUUUGAUCGCAUUUCAAGGUUUAUCAACUGGAUGAAACGUAGUAUGCUAAAUUUGGCAAAAUUGAUGAGGGCCAAAUUAACUAACCAGAUUUCCGAUCAGACGCCAGAUGCCCAUGACCGAGAUGCUGAUGCCGAUUAUGUUGGAGAUGAGAUAAUAGCUGAUGGGAUAGUGUACAGAGACAAGAAAUUUCUCAAAGAACAAACUCAAGUGGAAGUUGCAAUUGGUGAUGGGAUGGAAUUCACAAUUCAUGGUGACCUUAAAAAUAAACUGAAGAAGGGUAAACUAAUGAUGAACAAUGCCAAACUGAUUGGGAAUUCUAUCAAGGAGAACCAUCAAGAUAACAGGAUAGAAAAUGAAUACUAUAAGCAAAGAUUAGAAGAAGAUGUCAUAAGUAAUAAAUCCUAUGGCAGUCACAAAAACCGUCCAUUUAAGGAUGACAGCCAUAAAGGUAGUGCUGAGACACUAGAUGGAGAGGAGAAAAAAGAUAUUAGCAAAGAAGAUCUGGAAGAUGAGGGAGAUCUUGAAGAAGAAGGUGAAGGGGAAGAAGGUCUUCUUGAAGAAGAUAUGGCACUCGAAGCUGGCUCAGAAGAUGCAGCAGGGCAAGAAUACCCGUCCGACUGUUUUCCAGAGCCUUGUUAUAAGCGUUUCCCAUUCCUUGCUGGUGACGAUGAUGCACCAUUUUGGCAAGGUUGGGCAAACCUUCGUUUGAAGACCUUCCAGCUAAUUGAGAACAAAUAUUUUGAGACAGCUGUCAUCACUAUGAUUCUGCUCAGCAGUCUGGCAUUGGCAUUGGAAGAUGUCCAUUUACAACAGAGGCCCAUUCUUCAAGAUAUUUUGUACUAUAUGGAUCGAAUAUUCACUGUUAUUUUCUUCCUUGAGAUGUUAAUUAAAUGGCUGGCCUUGGGUUUUAGAAAGUAUUUUACAAAUGCCUGGUGCUGGCUAGAUUUCAUCAUUGUGAUGCUCUCUCUGAUAAACCUUGCGGCCAUUUGGGCCGGUGCUGCUGAUAUUCCUGCAUUCCGCUCGAUGCGGACCCUGCGUGCACUGAGACCAUUGCGCGCAGUCUCGCGCUGGGAGGGGAUGAGAGUCUCGCUCAUAAACUUCGUAGCAUCCUUGUGUGGGGCAGGAGGCAUACAAGCCUUCAAAACUAUGAGGACUCUCAGGGCCCUUAGGCCUCUUAGAGCUAUGUCUAGAAUGCAGGGGAUGAGGGUUGUCGUCAAUGCUCUUGUGCAAGCUAUUCCCAGCAUCUUUAAUGUGUUAUUGGUUUGUUUGAUAUUCUGGCUCAUUUUUGCUAUUAUGGGAGUACAGCUGUUUGCUGGAAAAUACUUCAAGUGUCAAGACUCCAACGACACUACAUUAAGUCAUGAAAUUAUCCCAGACAAGAACUCUUGUUUGGCAGAAAAUUACACUUGGGUGAAUUCACCGAUGAAUUUUGAUCAUGUUGGAAAAGCCUACUUAUGCCUCUUUCAAGUUGCAACAUUCAAAGGAUGGAUACAGAUCAUGAAUGAUGCUAUAGAUUCAAGAGAGGUGGACAAGCAGCCAAUCCGAGAAACCAACAUUUAUAUGUACCUGUAUUUUGUAUUCUUCAUUAUCUUUGGAUCAUUUUUCACUCUUAAUCUGUUCAUUGGAGUGAUUAUUGACAACUUUAAUGAACAGAAGAAAAAGGCAGGUGGCUCUUUGGAAUUGUUCAUGACUGAGGAUCAGAAGAAGUACUAUAAUGCUAUGAAGAAAAUGGGCUCAAAGAAACCCCUAAAGGCUAUACCACGUCCAAGGUGGAAGCCCCAAGCAAUUGUAUUUGAAAUUGUGACCAAUAAAAAGUUCGACAUGAUAAUCAUGUUGUUCAUUGGCUUAAAUAUGCUGACGAUGACGCUAGAUCACUAUCAGCAAACAGAAACCUUCAGUCAAGUUUUAGACUACCUCAAUAUGAUCUUCAUAGUCAUUUUUAGUUCAGAAUGCCUUAUGAAAAUAUUUGCCCUUCGAUAUCACUACUUCAAAGAACCAUGGAAUCUCUUUGAUUUUGUAGUUGUGAUUUUGUCUAUACUAGGUCUGGUGCUCAGUGAUAUUAUUGAGAAGUACUUUGUGUCACCAACUCUUCUGAGGGUCGUUCGAGUAGCAAAAGUGGGCAGAGUGCUCCGUCUAGUUAAAGGUGCUAAAGGCAUCAGAACUCUUUUGUUUGCAUUGGCGAUGUCAUUGCCAGCACUGUUUAACAUCUGUCUGCUACUCUUCCUAGUGAUGUUCAUCUUUGCCAUUUUUGGUAUGUCAUUCUUUAUGAAUGUGAAGGAGAAGAGUGGGAUUGAUGAUGUCUAUAACUUCAAAACUUUUGGACAGUCAAUGAUCCUACUUUUCCAGAUGUCAACAUCUGCUGGAUGGGAUGGUGUACUAGAUGGAAUUAUUAAUGAGGAAAACUGCAACAAGCCCAACAGUGAAAUUGGCUAUCCUGGAAAUUGUGGCUCAGCUACUGUAGGCAUUGCUUUUCUCCUGUCAUACCUUGUAAUUAGUUUCCUCAUCGUCAUCAACAUGUACAUAGCAGUCAUCUUAGAAAAUUACUCACAGGCAACAGAAGACGUCCAGGAAGGUCUCACAGAUGAUGACUAUGACAUGUACUAUGAAAUAUGGCAGCAAUUUGACCCCAAUGGUACACAGUAUAUCCGUUAUGAUCAGUUAUCUGAUCUCUUUGAUGUGCUGGAGCCACCAUUGCAGAUCCACAAGCCAAAUAAGUACAAGAUAGUGUCAAUGGACAUACCAAUCUGCAAAGGGGACCUAAUGUACUGCGUAGAUAUUUUGGACGCACUCACAAAGGACUUCUUUGCGCGGAAAGGGAACCCAAUUGAUGAGACUGCAGAGCUGGUUGAGGUUAAAGUGGGACAGCCAGGUUACGAGCAUGUUUCAUCGACAUUGUGGCGUCAGCGAGAAGAGUACUGUGCGCGCCUCAUCCAGAAUGCAUGGCGGAAGCACAAACAGCAGCGGCUCGGUGGGCCCAGUGAUGAGUCAGACGCCGUGCCCUGCGAUGGCGACAUCGACGCAGAUGGUAGCGACGAUCGUCGACAGACAGCCGUGCUUGUCGAGAGCGACGGCUUCGUCACCAAGAACGGCCACCGUGUCGUCAUUCAUUCGCGCUCGCCCAGCGUGACGUCGCGGUCAACGGACGUGUGAGCACGGCCGCCCCUCCCCCCGCCCCCGCCCCUGCCCCCGCCGUCGCCUCCGCCGCCCGCCGCCGCCGCCCCCACGCGGACGCCCCGCCUCCCCGGCGUCUCCAGUGGGGUCGGCCGUGCCACGGGAGGGGCCGCCAGCUUCUCACAGUUUUAAAAUGGGCUGAACUUGACGCGUGUGUGCUUCGUUUGCGGAAACAGUUUUUAUUCAUCCUCCAUAUUGCCAGUGCCACGUUAUAUAUCUGUUUGUAAAAUUCAAGCUUUCGAACACGUGAACAUGUCGACAUGUUGGUUAUUUUUGUAAAGAUCGUUUUAGUUUCCUCUCACAGUACCGCCGAAACGCAUGGUGUGUCGGGCGGUGUAGUUGUAGAGAGGAAGUCGGCAUGAAUUGCUUGUAACAUGUUUUUUUAAGGGUGAGAAGAGCAUGUAAGCUGUGGUUGUUGUUAGAAUCUGUUUUCUUCUUGUGCUAACUGUUCCGUGUUUUCGAUUGUUAUUUUUAUACACUAUUCUUCCUUUCAGAAUCCACAAAGGUAUUUUGAAUACGUCUCGCGUAUGAAAGCAUAGAUAUUUUUGUUCCAAAGUGUCGAACUGUGAUUCUCUCCAUUCCGUUAUCUUUGGGGAAAAUUUCGGAAAUGUUUGACAUAAGAGUUCUAAACUUGUUGCACAAUAAAUACUCUAAAAAUAAAACGGCAUUUCACAUAAUUUAUCACCCAUCAGAUGCCGCCAUUUAAUUUGCACAAAUGAGAAAAGCACAAGCAGAUGUGAAGUAGGGUUCUAUACAGAUUACGUCCCAUUUUUUGUACGCUGAGCAAUUCGCGUUUUGUGUUGUAUAAAACUGUGAUGAAUUUAGAACUCUUAUUGUGCUAAGUAAUGUGUGUAUGAGUGUUCUUUUCUUUUCUACAGAAUAUUUUUAAUUGAGGUCAUCAGAAAAAUCACAUAUUAAAAUCUCUUAGUGUAACAGUUGCAUUUUCUUGAUGCAGUUGUUUAAACAUUUGAAAUACAAAAUGCAAUAACAAAAAUUUGAUUUUCCUGAGACUCUUUUUAUAUAUCUACUUAGAUUUGAUGACAGUGCCCAUAAAUGAUUACUACUUAAAUUCAGCUUCCCAGGAAUGGCAACACAAAGAUAUCAUUGCAUUGUUAAAACUCAUGAAAUAAAAUUGUUUAAAUCAUUGUCAGAAUCUAAUCAGUUUUUAUUAUUUUAUGGCAAAAUUUCAUAUUUUCUAAUUUUUGUAGCAUUGACUUUAAACUAGGUUACAAAUGAUGCUAUAGUGUGGUUUUGCAGGUAUGUGGGAUCUUCAUGUGACAGAUACUUCCCCAUGUCUGUGCAGAAACCAUCUGCCUGCACAUCCUCACACAGCUCCCAUCUAUAUAAUUUUACCACAACUGCAUAGCAAAAUGUUGUUAUUAUGUACAAAUUCCUUCUUUGUUUAAGGUGUUAAUAUUAUUUGGUUCUAUUUUUUUACAACCAAUGGUUCAAAAAUAUAUAGUUCUUCCACCCUUAUAAACAAAACAAUAAGGAUAACAGUACAUGUUAUAAGUUGCAGUAAAUUUGGAUUCAGAAUCCAGAGAAUGGUUAUACAAAUGUGAUAACAUUUCUUAAUUAAUAAAAUUUGUUUUAUAUACAAAGAUAUGAAAUAAAGUUAUACAUUCAUCUCUACUUUUUGUUACAGAAAUUUAUUAACUCUUGCAAGUGGUUAAUUUUAAGAGUAUUUUAUUAUAUUUAAAUAAUCUCGUUAAUUCAGAUGUUGUUAAAUUUUUAAUUUGAAGCAAACUAUAUAUUUGUUGUCACUGCUCUCAGUGUAUUAACAUAAAACUUAACCUCUGACACCUGUCUAAAAAGCUUCAGUCUUUCCUAGAGCUUUGUAAAUUCAUGGCUGACAAGUGUGUCAUUUGUUGAAGUUAGUCAUAUUAGUGCAAAUUAAUGUCCAUAAAAUGUUAUUCAUAUUGUUAAAUAUUUUUUUAACACACAGUUUGACUAAAAGUAAAUAGCAAAAAAUGUUACACAUUGCCAGAAAUUCCAAGGAAUCAUAUCUGCACUGAAACAUCAUUGGAGAAAUAUGUCAAAUCCUUUAUGUGUGUGUAGUAUUGGUUCUUUGGAAGUUCGUUGCCGUGUGAGUGGAUACUGAACCAAGUUGUAAACAUUUCUGCCUGCCUCUUCCCCAUCACUACUAGUGUGUGUGUGUGUGUGUGUGUGUGUGUGUGUGUGUGUGUGUCCAUGCACACAUGUGCACACAAGUCAUGUGUGCGUGUGGUGUGGUGGAGAGAGAGAGAGAGAGAGGGAUAGAAUGAGAGAUAACAUUUUAAUGCGUGUGUGUGUGUGUGUGUGUGUGUGUGUGUGUGUGUGUGUGUGUGUGUGUGUGUGU